GCUAGAACGUGCAUUCCUCGUUCGACUCUCGAUCCACCAUGUCGCGUCUCAGCUCGCUGCUGGCUGUCGCCCUUGUCCUGGUCUUGGGCUCCUCUCCGGUUCCCGCCGAGGUGAUCAACUUCCAGACCUGUCCGGACAGCGUGGACACCUGCACGAUCCAGGAGGUCCGGGUAAACCCGUGCCCAGAGGCGCUCAACAACGCGGCCUGCAACAUCCGCCGCAGACGCACUUCGCAGAUGAGCUUCGACUUCACGCCCCAGUUCGAUGCCGAUACCUUGGUGGCCAGCUUGGGCUGGGCCAAGUCCGAGACCGUGGAGCUCCCCCUGCUCACCAUGGACCGCGACACCUGCAAGUACACCACCUGCCCCGUGCGGUCCGGCGUGAAGCAGACCUACACCAUCGACGUGCCCAUCGAGUCCAAGUUCCCGCUGAGUCCCUACACCAUCCGCUGGGCCUUCAAGGAUCCCGUCUCCGGCAAGCGCUGCUGCUUCACCCACGACAUCAAGGUGGUGCGCUGAACACCUCCUCUGAAUCUACCAAAAAAAACUUUAUAUAACAAUAUACUUAUUGCGAGUGCAUCCUCCAAAAUAAAGCGAAAGCAAGCAUUUUUGUUUCCAUUAUGAUCGCAGUGUUUCUCUCCUCUCCUGACUGCGGUGAAUAAAUUUAUUUUCUGUUAACGA